CCAUUUCGGGGAGUAUGAUUGUACACAUUCAAAUAUAGAAAUGGUCUUUCCUUUCCUUUAUUUACGGUGACACCUUUCCACCAAAAAACAAGAUCAACGAAAAUAGUUGCGCUUUUCCAUACUUCUAUCUAAUGGGACAAUCAUUUAUCAUCUCCAAACUUCAAACAAAAUUCUCAACGUACAGAACAUUCAUACGAACUGAUCAUAAAAAAUGUCAAGUGACAGUGAUGAAGAUGAGCUCUUACAAAUGGCAUUACAAGAGCAAGCAACAGGCAAAAAACCACCAGAGCAACCGCCAAAGCCGAACCCGAAGAGCGCCAGCAGAGGAAGUACUGGUGGUGCAACGCCGAAUAGAAAAGUGCAGCAGAAGCAGAGGAAAGGAGUGGAAGAGGAUGAAGAUGAAGAUGAUUCGGAUUUGGAGAUACUCAGCAUUUCAUCUGGGGAUGAUCAGGAACAAUCAUCUAAGGAUCAUCGUAGUAAGGGAGCGUCAAAAAGAAGGGCAGCAAGUAGAGGAGGGAAGGAUGAUGAUGAAUUGUGGCAAGGUGGUGAACCUGAUUGCUGGAAACGCGUUGAUGAAGACAAGAGUUUUUUACUAGUUCCAGUUCCUGUCGUCGAGGGUGAUCCGAGUCCACGCGACAGAGAUUCCAGGACUUGCAUCUAUGUAAUAGUGGCUCUUGUACUAGUCUAG